AUGCCUUCUAUAGGGACGCCUCUGAAAAUCGGUGUCAUCACGGUCGUGUUCUUAAUCGUGACAGCCACAUGGAUUUUCCCCUUCCACAUUCCCCAAGCGAGGCAUUCUAUAAAACAUGGUUCUUUUCAACACGGCUCUCCAGCAUCAAAGAACAAGGGCUCGAGUGACAGGCCACUCAUUGUCUAUGCUUAUCACGAGUCUGAUAGUGCGCGAGCAAACUUGGAGUACUUCGUCGCAAAGGGCCUUCACAAUGCAGCGGAUUUCGUUUUCAUUUUCAACGGGGAUGCAAAGUCGUCGAGUAUUAUCCCCGAAUUGCCCCAUGUGAAAAUUGUGAAGCGAGAAAACACAUGCUUCGAUAUGGGUGCUAUCGGAGAAGUUCUCCGUGAAGGGGACCUAUGGAAGAAGUACAAGCGGUUUAUCACUAUGAACGCGAGCAUCAGGGGUCCCUUCUUGCCGAUGUGGAGUUUCUCCUGCUGGACCGACCUGUUUCUUAGCAAGCUGACGGACAAAACCAAGCUCGUUGGCAUGACGCUCAACUGCCAACCUAGAUUGCAUGUGCAGUCUAUGAUAUUUGCGACAGACGACAUCGGCAUGGGGAUUCUCCUUGACCCCACCAUCGCAACAUCAGCAUCAGAAGACGACCCGUUCGGGUCGAAAGAUGCCCCCGUUGGCCUCAGCGGAUGUUACGCCGACUGGAACGCCGCGGUUCAUGCUGAAGUCGGUACUACAGGUCUGAUCAUGAAGUCUGGCUAUGAUGUCGACGUUAUGAUGACCUCUAUGCAUCCUGAUGGCGAUGUUAAGAAAUAUUGCAAGGCUCAUCCGGACUCCGGUGAUGUCCUAUGGGACAAGAAGUACUUUGGGAGCAAUGUUCAUCCCUAUGAGACGAUAUUCAUCAAGGCAAACCGGGAUGUUGAUCCACAACUAAUGUCUUCGAUGACGGAUUGGCACCUACGGAUGAACGUCACUAGUUUCGAUACGUGCGGGUGA